CAUUACGACAAGAGAAAGUGGAUACACACGAGGGUAUGAUUAUUAUAAUACAAGUCCUAAGGUGCCAAGCUCUAUGGUCCCCCAUCAGUUUACUUUGGCACUAUAAGAUCAACUAGUGUGUAUACACCCAAUUCAUAUUCAGAAACAUGGAUUUGAGUAUAUACACAUUGUCUGUCACAGUUUUUCUGCUAGUAUUUUCUCUAUGGAUUGUUGGGUUUCUCAGAAAAUUCAGGAACAAUGGUGCAUAUCCACCUCUGGUAGGCACAAUGCUAAGUCAUGUCAUGAAUUUUGAACGUUUGCACGACUAUCAUACAGAGCAGGCUGAGAGAUGCAAGACUUUCAGGGUGAUGUAUCCCACUUUUAGCUAUGUUUUCACCACAGAUCCUAUCAAUGUGGAGCACAUCCUCAAGACCAACUUCACAAAUUAUGUCAAGGGAAUUUCUAACCAUGAGAUUAUGAGAGAUCUUCUUGGUGAUGGAAUUUUCAAUGUUGAUGGAGACAAAUGGAGGCAGCAGAGAAAGUUGGCUGGUUUGGAGUUUUCUACCAAGGUUUUUAUGGACUUUAGUGGUGUGGUUUUCAGUAGUAUUGCAGUGAAGCUUGCAAGCAUUUUCAAAGAAGCUGCUGAAGAAAAGAAGUGUGUGGAGAUGCAGGAUCUUUUCAUGAGGUCUUCCUUUGAUGCCAUCUGCAAAGUGGUGUUUGGUGUGGACAUCAACAGCCUGUCAAGUACAAAAUCAAGGGCAGGGCCCGAAACUUCUUUUGCAGAGGCUUUUGAUGUUGCAAAUGCUAUGAUGUUUCACCGUUAUGUUGGCAGCUUUUGGAAAGUCAAAAAGGUUUUCAACAUUGGAUCAGAGGCCAUCUUGAGGAAAAACAUUAAAAUAGUGGAUGAUUUUCUUUACAAAGUCAUUGAGAUCAGAAGGCAGGAAGUGGUUUCUGCAGAAAAGGAAAAUGUGAAACCAGAUAUAUUGUCUAGGUAUAUCACGUUGAGUGACAAGGAGAGUUCAGAAACAUUUUCUGAUAAAUAUCUAAGAGAUUUUAUUCUCAACUUCAUGAUGGCUGCUAGGGAUACAACAGCACUUACACUGUCAUGGUUCCUCUACAUGCUCUGCAAGCACCCUCAAGUACAAGAGAAAAUUGUAAAGGAAAUAAGCAGUGUGAUAGAGGAUACAGAAAGUACUGACAUCGGCACCUUUGCACAUUGUCUAACUCAUGAAGUCCUGGAUAAAAUGCAUUACCUUCAUGCAUCUUUGUCUGAGACUCUGAGGCUUUAUCCAGCUGUUCCUGUUGAUGGUAAAUAUGUAGUUAAGGAUGACAUUCUUCCUGAUGGGUUCAAAGUUAAUAAAGGAGAUUUUGUAAGCUAUGUCCCUUAUGCUAUGGGAAGAAUGGCUUUCCUAUGGGGCAAUGAUGCAAAGGAAUUUAAGCCUGAAAGAUGGAUUGAGAAUGGCGUCUUCCAUCCACAAUCACCCUUCAAGUUUACUGCAUUUCAGGCUGGACCUAGGAUCUGUAUCGGCAGGGAUUUUGCCUACCUGCAAAUGAAGAUCAUUGCUGCAGUUCUUCUUCGUUUCUACAAAUUUGAAAUGGUUAAGCCAAAGGAAAUCAGAUACAGGACCAUGCUCACCCUCCACAUGGAUGAAGAUGGAUUAAAUCUCUCUGUCAGCCCAAGAUUGUAAUUGUGUUGCAAGGGAAAAAAACCAGGGGUUUGAAUUCUUUUAUUUUUCAGCAUUAAUGUGAGUCUUGUUGUAGAGUAUUGAUUGAUUAGUAGGCAUUGCCUCUAAAUUGUAGGUUUUGAAGAUUUUAGAAGCAAUCUAGUGCUAUUAGACUUGAGAAGAUUCAGACUACAGUAUUUUUUUAAGGGUGUAUAUUGAAUGGAAUGUAUGAUUAUGCAAGCUGUAAUGAGAUGAAGCUGCACAUGCACUUGUAGUUGCAGAGCCCAUGUUUGUAUUCAACUCUUAUGCAGUUCAAAUUA